AUGCCCGCAUGGGGCUGGCCUCUCGUGCUCCUGAACGCCAUCAUCCUGCUUCCCAUUUCUCUUCUCGUCAACUACACCCUGUUCCACAUUUAUCCUGUCUUCGCCAUCAUUGAAGAUGAGAACCCUCCUGCCUACGAGCCCCUCGCCAUGCCCGCCAACGGAGAUGGUCUUGAUGAGGAGGCGGCCGCUGGUUCUACCGCGAAGCCUACCGAUGGCGCCGGCCGGACAGUGACCUCCUCUCUUCGCUCCAUUAACCGUCUUCUGACCUCGUACGGUGGAUUCCGAGCCAACUUCCGUGGAUUCAUGUGCGCUCUCACCCAGUCCGUGCUCAUCAGCAUCGUCGCCUCCAUCUUCUCGUGGGGACCUGUCCGGCCCUUUGCCGAGCUGCUGGCCUCGCUGGUCAUGGUUCAGUUUGGAGCUGCCUGGGUUCACAUUGUCAUUUCGCAGCCCUCUCCUCGGAGGUUCUGGCGCCGCCUGCCUCCUUUCAAGCGCGCCUUCGAUGCCACUUGGAAGGCCAUCGUGCUCUACUGGGCUGCGACCCAGGUGCACCAGUGGGUUCCCCUCUUGCUGGCGGAGCUUAUUGGCUUCGAUGCCCCGACCAUGGCCAACUUGACGUCGGGCGGCGCCUCGGACGCUAUUCGCGACGGCGACAUUGUGUAUCUGAUCAAAGCUACCGUCUACAUCCUCCUCAGCACAAUGCUGUGGGUCGUCGUCAUCAUUCCUGCCCGCGUCGUCGUCAUCCGCAUUCAGGCCUCGCUCCUCCCCGAGGACGAGGACCCCAUCAUCCCCUUUGACCGAUCUUUUACUGGCAAGGUCGAGCCCGCAAUUGUUGGCGGUCUCGGCUAUGCAACCAUCAGCGACGCUUGGUCCACCUUUUCAAAGGCCGCCUGGCGUCGGGUGGUGAUCCUCUACGCCAAGAUUGUGGCCAUCUUUGUGGCCGUGUCUAUCCUGUCGUGGGCCAUUCUGCUUCCCACUUGCUUUGCCAUCAUUAAGGCCGGCACCAAGAGCAACUAA